UCUUCUUAAUUUCCAGAUUUAAACCAUCACCUCUUCGCUAUCUAUCUAACGAAACAUCGGUCGUAAAACCAAACCACUUUUCCUCUAAUCCACUUCCAGCGUCUAUCUUACCGAUGCAACCUUCUUCUCUGAUGUAACCUUCUAAUCCGAUUUCCCCUUUUUUUGCCACCAAUACUUGUAUCAUAUCGAUCUUAUGCUCCUCCUAUGUUUUACGAUCUUGUGCUCCUCUGAAUUCCCAGACUUGGUUGCACUUCUCCACCACUCCAAAACCCACCAAGAACCGAUAAUCCUUUAUUAUCUAUACCAAACCACCAAUGCAUCACAACCGUCUCUCUUAUCUUUAUCAAAGAAACCCCAACUACUGGAAUUCCGACCACCAUCACAUUCUUUCUAACUCUUUCUGCCUGUAACAAUCACUUACCCUAUUCUUUAUUUUUGAAACCCUAAUCUGCCCAUCACCUACCGCCUCCAUCGCUAUUAUCCCCAACCCCCACCGGUAAUCAACCCUUAACCACUAUCUACCAUCUUCUCUAUGGUACCCUCCUUUCUCACGUGCACCCCUUUAGAGCAUACACUCCAUCUCUAUUCAACAAAUUAUCUCCCCCUUUUCUUUAACCUAAUUUCAGUCGUCCAGUACAACGACCCCAUUAGACGACUUAUCUGAUACCGUUUUGCACCGCCUAAUGCUCCACUACCAUUGUCACCAGAUCGGUGAACACAAAUAGAAACAAAUGCAAUUUGGUGAUUUUUUUGUAUAUGCCAUGAGAUCUGGAGGUCAUCUUGAGACCUGCUUGCAAAAAAAGAAAUUUAAUCUUUCAGAUAGUUCUUGAGCUGUAGACAUUGUAACCAGCCUUAAGAAAUAUUUGAAGAUCUUUAGGGCUUUCUAAACACCAACAAGAUGUUUACGAGUUUCUUAGACAACUCUUUUUGUGAUGAUCGACUUACAGAUUGUUCUGAUUGUGAUAAGAGAGAUCAUUGAAGUUGGUUCCAGGAUCAUGUUAUCCCCCCACCCCGAGAAGGAGGUGAUAGAACCAUUAAGGAGAUACAAACCCAUAGGACAUCAUCAUAGAUUAACUCCGCAAAAAGGAUGUUGGUUUUCCCAUAUGUUGCUAUUCUUUACAAUUUGGGUGGAUGGUGCCUUCUCUUCUCUCUGCAUUUAG